AUGGAUCUUUACGAGAAACGGGUUGUCCUAAUAACCGGAUGUUCAGGUGGGGGCAUAGGCCACGCGCUGGCCCGUGCUUUUGCCGCCAAGAAUUGUCUGGUGGUGGCCACCGCCCGGUCACUGGCGUCGAUGUCUGAUUUUCAAGAUGACCCACGAUUCUUCCUCCAAGAGCUCGACGUAUCAUCCGGAGAGAGUGUUCGUCACGCGCUUUCGACUACUCUGGAGAAGCUCGGCCGCAUAGAUAUUGUAGUCAAUAAUGCUGGAGUACAGUGCAUUGGUCCCCUUGCUGAGGUCCCUUUACCCGCAAUUGAACACACCUUUAAUACUAAUCUUUAUGGUGCAUUGAGGUUAAUCCAAGCCGUGGUCCCUCACAUGGCAUCUAGGAAGAAGGGUAAAAUUGUGAACAUCGGAAGUGUCACCGUCUUGGCCCCUGUACCAUGGGCAGGUGCUUACACUGCAUCAAAAGCUGCUCUACAUGCACUAACUGAUACUUUGAGCGAACUCUGGAAGCCAUUUACCGAUGGAAUAGUGGAGAGAGGAGAAAUUGUUCUAGUUUAG